AUGAGCACGUCACCAAGUAAUCGAAAGAAAAGUCCUAACAAAACAACUGUGGAUACACCCACGCGUCGGAAGCGAUGCAUUGAACUGCCUGUUUCUGUGGAUGUCGAAGAGAAAUCGAAUGAAAAACGAACGAAAACAUCACCGGUUUCGAAUAUGAAUUCGAAGGAUCGAGCUGAGAAAGCGUCGACUGAACAAUAUGAAGAUGAUUUCGAGGAAGAUGCUGGCAGUGUUGAAAAAAAAAACGCAUCCGAAGAAGAUUUAUCACCACGAUUAAGCAAUUAUGAUGAAGAUAGUAGAGAGGGAAAGUACUAUAAUGAAAGUAAAAGUUCUCAAGACGAACCGUCAUCUCAACCUAUAACUGAUAUAUCGCUUUCUUUCUUUGAAGGUUUAGACUUUGAAAAUGUUGAUGACGAAGACGAUGGAACAUAUCAAGGCGUACCGUUGUCUGAAAUAUCAAACAUAUGUGAGAAACCGCCACGUCUAAUGGAUAUGAUGGAUGUUCGCGAUCCUAAUCACACAUUUCUCAUACAACCAUUUAAAUACGAUCCAGCCAAUGAAGAUUGUGAGCCGAAAUCGAUUCUUGAAGAUGGAUCGUACGUUGAUGAAUGGGAUCAAGAUCAUGUUCGUUUGCCUUGCUCCCCAUCUUAUGUCACGAAAAAUGGAACCCAACGAUGGUCAAUCAUUCAAGAUGCUUUGAGAAAACUGCAACGUAUGGCAGAAACAUAUAUGGCAUCUGUAGAAGAUAUUAAAGAAACAAUUGAAGAGUGUGCCGGACGAACAUAUCAAUUGAAUUGUCUCGAACGGCUUCUUAACGAAGAAUAUUCCUCCGAUGAACGUGCUCAUUUUCUAUCAACUGUCCUAUCGAAUAUCUGUAGUUUAGCAAUGAAUGUUCACAAAAUCUGUUCUAAACCACCACCACUUUUACGUAUCGGAUCAAACCGUACAGUGACUAUGUCUCAACGUCAAUGCGCAUCGUUGAUGGCUUGUGCAUUUUUCUGUCUGUUUCCUCGACGUUUUAAUCAAAAAGUUGGCAGUGAAUAUGAAAAUUAUCAAAAUCCAAAUUUUAACACGCUUUUUCAAGGUGGUCGAACGGGUGGACCAUCAUGGAAACUUGAAAAACUCAAAUGUGUCUUUAACUACUUUCGACGUAUUACCGACAAAAUGCCAAACGGUGUAUUAUCAUUUCGACGUUAUCGAUUACCCGAAACUUGUCUACCGAAAUGGGCAGAUUCGAAAGAACCUCUAUGCAAACUUCAUGUGACGAAAAAUAAAACUAUUGAAGAUAUGGAUGGUCUUUUACAAGUGGAUUUUGCUAAUAAAUACAUUGGCGGUGGCGUAAUGAAUGAAGGCUGCGUCCAAGAAGAGAUACGUUUUGUAAUAUGUCCUGAAAUGUUGGUUAGUUUGCUACUAUGUGAAGUCAUUCAAGCCAAUGAAUGUGUUUUCCUCAUUGGUUGUGAACGUUUUUCAUCGUAUCGAGGUUAUUCCACAUCAUUCGAAUUCAAAGAAGAUUACACCGAUAAAACACCCAAAGAUGUUUGGGGACGAAAAUUAUGUCAUGUUGUAGCCAUGGAUGCCAUUGCAUUUCGUGAUCGAGCAACACAAUACAAAGUUCCAAAUAUGAGAAGAGAGUUGAUCAAAGCGUAUACAUGUUUUCGUAUUCCAGCCGGCGUUACAGACGAAAAAUCAGGUAUUGCAACUGGUAAUUGGGGCUGUGGGGCAUUCAACGGAAAUAAACAACUGAAAGCUAUUAUUCAAUUGAUUGCUUCUUCACAAGCGGGUCGUCCACUCGUUUAUUUAACAUUUCGUGAUCAAGGACUAGUAACAUCAUUUUACAAAGUGUACGAACAUUUACAAAAAGAGAAAGCGACAAUACUAGAACAAAUAAUAAGAAUGUCUAUUGAUGUGUCAAUUGUAAUGCCAGUGAGAAAUGCUGUUCAAUGGCUAGAUGAAACUUUUCAAAGUCUAAUGCAACAAAGUGUUGAGAAUAUUCAAAUUGAACUGUCGAUUUAUAAUGAUGGCAGUGCAGCAAGUGAUGAUACACUGAGUAUGAUUGAACGAUGGAGAAAUCGACUAGAAACGAAAUAUAAAUUGAUCGUUCAUGGACAUGGGGACGAAGAAGCUCGUGGCGUCGGUUAUGCAAAAAAUCGAGCUGUCCAACAUUCAUCGGGACGAUUCCUCUGCUUUCAAGAUGCUGAUGACCUGAUGUGUCCUAAUCGAGUACAAGAACAGUACCGUAUUGCUGUUAAGCAAACAGAUGACGCGUUUUUGAUCGGAUCAAAAUACGAACGCAUCCCAGAAGGAUCGACGGAUCGAUAUACUCAAUGGGCAAAUAACUUAACGGAAGAACAGCUCUAUACACAAAUCUAUUUAGCACAUGGACCUACUUUGAUUAUGCCAACAUGGUUUUGUGCACGAUCAUGGUUUGAUCGCUUGGGUGGUUUUGAUGAAAUUGCUCGAGUGAUUGGCUUUUGUGAUAUGGAUCCAAAGAAGAUUACAAAAGGUUUCUAUACCGAUGAAUUAUCUGAAGGCAAAGAUAAACGUCGAAUUCCAAUCAUUCAUUUUAGUCAAGCCAUUCCACCGAUAAUUAUCUGUGUGAAACUAGGUUUAACAAAUAAUGAUUUUGAAGCGAAUCUUGCUUCGUUAAAUAUUCGUGAAGGCGUUGAUUAUUGGCUUUUCAGUUAA